GAAGAUCGGAAAACGAUCCACAUUAGCGUUUCGGUAGUCGGAGUACGCAUAGUAGGAUAGAUGACAUUCAUCCGCGUCCCUAACGAGUAAAUAAAAAAUGGAUAUUUUUAAAUACUGGUACGUGUCAAGUAUCAGCAGUACAGCUGGUUCGCUUCCACUCUUAUCAUUCAUAAGAUCUAAUGAAUGUUGAGAUUGGAAGGUACAUAUAAGAAGACCUGAGUCCAAAGGAAUAGUAAUACCCAUCUCGCUCAACCAGUGGAAAGCAAAUUAGAAUGGCCUCCAUGAAACAGCACCAGUUCGAAGUAUAUUCAAUGUGUAUGCUCUUGGUGACGCUUCUAUUUAGUUUUCACAGUGCAUUUGCGGUGGAAGAGGAAACGAGUAUUUAUCAUGGUGUGAAAUAUUUGGAGUCGUCUGUGCCUGCCGCGGCGCCUGCUAUUGUGGAGAAGAACAGUUCGCUAAUAUUAGCACUGAGGCGGACGCAUAGACGUGACCCACUUGAUCAUUUCAAGCACUAUGGAGGGGGCUGGAACAUCUCUAACAAGAAUUAUUGGGCUUCUGUUGGAUUUACAGGUAUUCCAUUGUUCGUGAUUGGGGCUCUGUGGUUUAUUGCGUUUGGGUUUGUGUUGUUUGUGUUGCUCAUCAAUCACUUUUGCUGUGGACGGAAGGUGAAUGUUAAACUUCACAACAAGACCUACACCAUUUCACUUAGCCUCCUCAUAAUUUUCACCUGUGCAGGAAUAGCUGGAAGUGUCUUGCUUUAUGUGAAACAAGAUAAGUUUCAUCGCAACAUAUCUGAGACAUUGGAUUAUGUUGUUGAUCAAUCGAAAUUGACAGUUCAGAACCUUAGAAAUGUGACAGACUAUCUGGCCCUUGCAAAAACUACAGGCGUAGAUCAAAUUUUUCUCCCUAUUGGUGAGCAACAAAAGAUUGAUGAUUUGAAUAGAAAGUUGAGAACUGAAGCAAAUAAUCUGGAGUCCAAAACAGAAGACAAUUCUCGGAAAAUAGACAAUGUUCUUGACAUUGUGCGAGUCAUCUUGAUUGUGGUUGCUGGGGCUAUGUUGUUUCUGGUUUUCCUUGGGCUUGUCUUCUCUAUUCUUGGACUUAAACUUUUAGUUUACAUACUGGUUCUAGUUGCAUGGUUUCUCGUGGCAGCAACGUUCAUCCUUUCUGGCGUAUUUUGUUUUCUCAGCAAUUCGGUGUCAGAUACUUGUGUUGCAAUGGAAGAGUGGGUUGCACACCCUUACGCAAACACAGCCCUUGAUGAAAUUCUUCCUUGCGUGGAUCCUGCAACUGCAAAUCAGUCUUUAAACCAAAGCAAGGAAGUAACUGGCAAAGUAGUGGAUGUUGUCAACAACGUGCUAAAUAAUUUUGCCAAUAGAAACUUUCCUCCAAAUGCUGGUUUUGUUUAUUAUAACCAAUCCGGUCCUUUAGUGCCCACCCUUUGCAAUCCUUACAAUUCACAGCUGUCUGAUCGGCGAUGCAAUGCUGGAGAAGUAAAUUUCACAGAUGCACCACAGGUUUGGCAAAAUUACACCUGCAAUGUUUCGUCGUCUGGAAUUUGUGUAACAACUGGCAGGAUAACACCAAGUAUUUACAGUCAACUGGUAACAGCAGUAAAUAUCAGCUAUGGGUUGUACCACUAUACUCCAUUUCUUGUAAACCUGGAGGACUGUACGUUUGUGAGGGAUACAUUCAGUACCAUAUCCAGAGAAGACUGCCCUGGUCUUCGCAAACAUCUUAAGUGGGUCUACGUAGGAUUGGUAAUCAUCUCAGCUGGUGUAAUGUUUUCAAUAAUAUUCUGGGUCAUAUACAGCAAACAACGUAAACACAGAAAGGAGUAUCUUGAUAACCAAUUAUCAGCUGACAAGGAAGAGAGAGAAGCUAAGCCGGGUAUCCAAGAGUGAAAUCUACUUCCUCUCAAUUAAUGGGGAGGCAUCGUGCUUCCCUUGAAGAAAUUCAUGUGCUAUAUGAUUAUUGUCGCAACUCAUUUAGAAGCUUGAAGUCGUGCAUCCCCAAUAAAUUAGAGUAAAUUCAUAGUACUUUUUUUCUGGUUCGGUGUAAUUAAAAUAGACAUGCAUCAAUGCACAGAAGAUUUUCUACAAUGCGGGAAGACACCAUGGAUCUAUAGUCAAGUGACUCACCAGAUUGGUUUUUGAGCCGGACCCUGGUUUACAGUGUAAGGUCAUCUGACAAGCCGUAAAUUAGAGUAAAUCCAGAGAAGCUUGUUUUAGUAUCUCAGUGUAUUUAAAAUAGAGAAGCACCUGUGCAUAGCUGAGCACCUUCAAUGGAGGAAACUACCUGGGUAUAGGCAAAUGAUUCACCUUAUUUGUUUUUUUAAUUUUACAGUGUAAGGUCAGGUCAUCUGAGAAGACCGUAUUCUUGGAUUUCUUGACUGAUGUUGAUGGUAGCACGUGUAUACAUUCUUCGCUUUUGAAGACCUUCAGUUGACACUAAAAAAAAAUUAAAAAAUCUAGUAAGUGAGAUGGUUUUUAUUA